AUGAGAAGUUCGAGGGGAAGGUGGACUCUUACAUUGACGCUGCGGUCAAAUUGGCUACUAUUUACGAAGCCAUGUAUGGAUGACCGGACGAAGUGUCAGACAGUGGUAGAUAAAAUAGUACCUUUUGUGAAGGAGAAAGGAACAGUAGCACAGCAAAAACGUGCCUUGCGAGUUCUUCUUCCGGAAAGUCCAAUAUUUGGAUACCUGGAGGGCCGUAUACCCCAUCCUUCGCAUACCCUCGGAAAACUGAUUCACCUUGUAGAAGAGGAGGAAAAGGUGAAGAUAAACAAGGAGAUUGCGAACCGGAGGUCUCGACUUGGCGCCGUGCUUGGCCAAGUUACGUUAGAGGUUAGGAAGGAGGUUUAUGGCAAUUCUCCGUUGGAAGAUCUAUACCAAGAGCUUAUCAAUUGGUCGGACGAUGAGGAAGUAAGGCGGGAGGCAGAUACCAAGCUGCUACAACAUUGUUAUGAGAAACUCUUAGCCUUUCCAAAAGAGAAGAAACCGAUGCUCAGAAACAAAGUCUGGAAACUGGCCGAUGGGUUGGUGAUCCUUAAGUAUCCGUAUGAGUUAGCGUGGCAUAUUGUUAUCGAGUGGAAGGACUGCGAAAAUAUUGGUGAGCAUGAUGUGAAUGUAUUAAGAGAAUAUCACCGUUCCCACUUCGCUAAAUUUGGGUUGAAAAAACAAAAGAGCUCACGAUCAGCACUUGCUUUCCGCAUCGUGGGUGAAUACUGCACUAUGCUUGAGGAAUAUGAGUCUGUUGUCGACAUUACAAGGCGGGGUAUCAAAUCAAUGGCCGCCGACUACAGCUACACAGGGCUCGCACUUCAGAAAAAUUCAGAUUCUAUGAAAGUAAUUCUGGCAAGGGCCUUGAUUCAUUACCAGUCUCCGAAACAUCACGACGAAGCAAAGGCUUUAUUCGGGGAUGUGCUUCAACGGAAUUCAAAGUAUGGAUCUGCUCUCGUUGGUUUAGGCUUGAUCCUUGAGGAGCAGCAUAAUUAUGUCGAUGCUGCCGAUUUUCUAGGACAAGCCUUGGCUUUAGACCCUGGUGAUUUGAAGAUAAUGUCGGAGGCAGCGUGGUGUGAUGUGCUUAGGGGAAAUUUCUUGGAAGGGUUGAGUAGGUUGAAGGGGUGUUUGGGACAGAUAACUGGUGUUGAUGCUAGAUCACGCGAUUUCAAAGCCCAAGUGCUAUGGAGAAUCGGACAGGCGCUUUGGGGUUCUGAUGAACAGUGUAGAGCCGACCGGAGUGGGCCUUAUCAUUACUUUAGAUCUGCAAUUGAGAGUAAUCAGAACUUUGCACCAGCCUAUACCAGUCUGGGAAUUUACUACCAGGACAUCGAAGGAAAUUCGGGCAGGGCAGACAGAUGUUUUCAGAAGGCAUUUGAGAUCUCAGCUGGAGAAUUGGAGGCAGCCGAGCGUCUUGCUAGAAACUUUGCCGAGAGCCGGGAGUGGGAGUUGGUUGAGAUUGUGGCAAGAAGGGCCGCUGAAGCCGAUAAGAAGAGAUCGGUACCAGGGAAGGGUGUUAGUUGGCCGCAUAGUGCUAUUGGUGUUGUAGAGCUCAACGCCCAGAACUUUUCUUUGGCUAUACCUGCUUUUCGAGCUGCUUUGAGCACUUCACCUAACGACUUUCAUUCGUUGGUGGGCCUAGGAGAGGCAUAUACAUCAGCGGGAAGGUACGUUUCAGCCUUGAAGGUCUUCCUCCGAGCAGAGGCCCUUGAUCCGACAAAUUGGUUCGCCAAGUAUAUGUUGGCCAACGUAAGGCGUGAGAUUGGUGAAUAUGAGGAGGCGUCUAUUGGUUAUCGUGCGGUGCUUGAGUUAAGACCGAAGGAGUUUGGCGUUCUUGUUGCCUUGUCAGAGACCCAAUUGGCCUCUGCAUGGCAUGAUAUUGAGGCCGGAUAUUUCGGACGUGCUGCAGAUAGUGCCGUUGAAAGCUUGGAAGUCGCGCAAAAGAUUUCCGGAGAGAGGCCAGAUGCCUUCAAUCUCUGGAGGAUUGUUGGAGAUUGCUGUUCAGUCUUUAGCUGGAUACAGAGUUUGGUAAACCGCAUGCCUAGGGGUUUGGUUGUGCAGAUACUCAAGACCGAAAUCGACUUGACCGAGUUUGACAUCCUUUCAGAAGUUGAUGGUGUUGGUUCUCAGGCCUUAGGCGAUUCCGAAGUUGAUGGUCUCACCUUGUGUUUGAAUAUGGCAAUACUGGCGUACAAGAGGGCUAUUUAUGCCAGCGCGGAGGAUAGGCAUGCGCAUGCCGUCGCAUGGUUCAACCUAGGCUGUGCAGAAUAUAGAUCCUACGUUAUUUUACCCGAUAAGCCCAUGAGACAUAGGAUGGCGGCCAUUCGGUGCUUUAAGAGGACUAUCAAGCUUGAGCCCGGGAAUCAUGAAUUCUGGAAUGCGCUAGGUGUUGCUACAGGGGAGCUCAAUCCCAAAGUAGCUCAACAUGCUCUUGUGAGGGCAUUAUAUAUUAACGAGAAGAAUGCUAGGGUUUGGGCGAAUUUGGCGACAUUAUAUCUCUUGCAGAAUGAUAUACAGUUGGCAAAUGAGGCAUUCUCUAGAGCUCAGAGCGCCGAUCCUGAGUAUGCGCUGGCGUGGGUCGGGCAAGGCAUCAUUGCUUCGUUGACAGGUAACGAAGCAGAUGCGCAGGACUUAUUUGAGCAUGCCUUUGAGAUAGCGGACAGUUCUUCCUCACUUGUGAAACGUCGAUUUUCAACGGCAACAUUUGAUAAGGUCAUUCAGUUGCAAUACGAAUCUGGACUGGUUUCUCUGGUAGGGCCAAUAUUUGCAUUGCAAAAACUACGACAAGAGAUAUCCGAUGAGCCUAUUACGCUCCGCCUAGCGGCACUAUUUGGCGAGCGUGUUAAAGACUUUGUAUCAGCCUCAGAGAAGCUCGAGGUCGUCUGUGAAAAGGUGGAGCAAAAAUACGAGACUACAGAGUCAGAGGAGGACCUGGUUUGUUAUGCACAAGCGAAGGCAGAUCUUGCCCGGGUCAAGCUCGGCCAGGAGGACUACGAGGCAGCGGUAGAGAAUGCCACUCUUGCUUUAGAUAUCUCCGGGGAGAUAUCGAGACUAGAAGAUUGCCGGCUGUCGGCACACCUCACGGCUGGUUUGGGAUAUUACUAUUCUGGAAACAUGGAUGAGAGCUUGGAGAUGUUCAAGGCUGCGCUGAAUGAGUCUUCGGAAAACCCAGAUGUGGUCUGUUUGCUUUCUCAGGUUCUCUGGGCGAAAGGCGGGGAUGAGGAGAGGGAUGUUGCAAGGAAGCUGUUAUUUACUUGUAUCGAAAGAAACCCUGACCAUCUUCAGUCUAUAAUGCUGCUCGGAGCCAUCGGAAUUUUAGACAACAAUGAAGAUGUCUUGGAAGCCGUUAUGGAUGAUUUACAGGCUGUUCGAGGUAGAGAAGGUUUAAUCAAGGCUUCAAAGCAACAAGUUGAUAGCCUACUCACCAAGAUGGCUCAACUCCAGGAACGAGACGACGCUAUAGCAGUAGCCACAACAUCCAUCUUCAUCCAGCCAUCUCUUUCGAGCGCAUGGAACAAUCUGGCAAAGCUAACUGAUGGAAAUGAUCACGUCAUGGCGAUGGCGCUCAAGGUGGCGCAGGAAAGCAAAGCGUUAGACGCGGAAGAACUGUCAUUUGCCUAUGCUCAACAGGGUAUUAUGAGCUGUAAUCAGAGGGCAAUAAUCAUUGCUCCAUGGAAGGUCGAUGGGUGGGUUAACCUUGUGGAGGACGUUCAGGCUGCUGCCCUGCCCAGAUCAGCGGUGGAUUCUAGCUGGUAUUGA